AUGGGCGAGGUGUCUGCAGACGCUGUCACCCUGGAUCUGCUGAGAGAAGCCAGGGAGACGGUGAUGAGUAGCCCCCUGGGCGUCAUCAACACCCCCAUGAUCCCCUGGUGCCAGACCACGCUGCCUUUGAGCGUCGACUGCAGCGUCCACAUCAAGCUGGAAAACAUGCAGAGAACCGGGUCCUUCAAAAUCCGAGGAGUGGCCAAUCAGUUCUCCAGGAGGCCGAGGGGCGGCCACUUUGUGACCAUGUCUGCGGGGAACUACGGGAAGUCCUUUGCGUACGCCUCGAAGCACUACGGCUCGAAGGGAAAGGUGGUCAUGCCAGAAACGGCCCCGGCGUCCAGGGCCGUCCUCAUCCAGAGCUUUGGGGUGGAAGUAGAGCGAGUUCCCACGUCGUCUAUGAUGAGCGCGGUGAACCGUUGUGUGCAGGACGGCAACAUGACCUUCCUGCACUCCUACGAUGACCUGGAUCUAAUAGCCGGACACGCCAGCCUGGGCAUGGAGGUGCUGGAGGUGGUCCCGGAGCCGGACGUGGUGGUGGUCUGCUGCGGGGGCGGCGGGCUGCUCGCUGGGGUCGCUGCUGCCAUCAAGCUUUCAGGGUGUAAUAAAACAAGGAUCUACGGUGUGGAACCAGAAGGAGCCUGCACGAUGUACCAAAGCUUUGUUGAGAAGAAGCCGGUGUGGAUGGAUGCAAAGAGCAUCGCCUCUGGUCUUGCACCUCCUUCAGCAGGCAAGCUGCCGUUUGAGCUGUGUCAGCUCUACGUGGAGCGGAUCGUCCUGGUGAGCGAUGACGAGAUCAAGGCCGCGGUCUCCGCCCUCUACAGGGCCGGGCUGGUGGUGGAGCCGGCCGGUUCCGCCGCCUUCGCCGCGCUGGCCAACAACAAGAUACCCGACCUGGAGGGGAAGAAAGUGGUGUGCAUCCUCAGCGGAGGCAACGUUGGGAAAGACGAGCUGAACAACUUUCCAGACUGAACAAACAGAUUUCAGAUCUCUAACUGCGUUCCCAACUAUUUUGAAUGAAUCUUGAACUCGUAAAGGCCAUCGGCAUAAAUUUAUAGCAGGUGUAGUUGAGGACAAACGGGGCAGAAGUGACCUUUUUAAUGAAGCAGUAGCACAAAACACAGUUGUGCGAUGAUGAGCUUUAACUUUAGUGUACAAAGCUUGUAAAGAAUCAAGUUAAAACUGGGGUGGUUCCUCCAGU